ACCCGGUCUUUUUGUAUUAUUUUGUUUCUGUUUGUAAACAAACGCACUACGCAGAAAUGUAGAAGUAAAUUUGUGAAAAUUGGAUCCGAUCAUUUUUUACCAUUGUUAGCAUUAGUUGAUUUUUCUCAGUUUAAGGUUGUACAAGUGAAGUAUUGGCUCUUUUUAUUAUUCACAUUAAUUCAAGUAUAAUAAUAAAUUAUUUUUAUUAUUAAUAGUGUUGCAGUUAUAUAAAUGUCUGUAAUGGAACUAAAUUCUCAAUUUGAUGAGUUAUCACCGAAGAUAAUGGAAAUACUUCUUAGAGCUGGCCUGGUGACAGAUAAAGCCAUACUGGAAACUCCAGAAUGUGAUUUACUUAAUCUUGGUUCCAUCACUCUCGCAGAUGUCAAACAGAUACACAAUGUUGUUGCUAAGAGAUCUAAGCCAACUGAUUUUAUUUCAGGGGAUCAGCUGGUGAACAGCUGUAACAGGCGGUGGGGUCGACUGAGCACAGGAUGCUCUCAAUUGGAUAGUUUCUUGCAAGGAGGUGUGCUGACCAGAGGGAUCACAGAGCUAUCUGGACAGAGCGGCUGCGGAAAGACCCAGCUAUGUCUACAGUUGGCUCUCACAGUACAGUUGCCUACCACCUCUUGUGGUUUGGAUGCAGGAGCCGUUUUCAUUUGUACUGAAGAUCGAUUCCCAUCCAUAAGAUUGAAUCAGCUACUCAAGACUUCUCCGGUGGCUCAGAAAUUCCCAAACAUAAAAUUUGGAAAUAAUAUAUUUGUUGAACACAUUGGUGAUACUGCUGACCUAAUGCGAUGUGUCAGCAUGCGACUGCCACAACUCAUGAAACAGCAUCGUGUAGGCCUCGUAGUGGUGGACUCUGUGGCUGGGGUAUUCCGUGCUGAUUACACUACAGCUGAGUCCUUACAGAGGGCUAGAGACCUGCGGACGUUUGCAUCUCAGCUACAUCUCGUGGCGAACAUGUAUAGUACAGCUGUUAUUUGUGUUAACCAGGUAUCUGACAUCCGGAAAGGGGAAGUGACACAGACUGUCCCAGCUCUGGGGUUAGCCUGGGCCAACCUUGUUACUUGUAGACUGCAGAUGUUCCGCAACAAUGACUUACGGCACUUGCAGAUUGUUUUUUCUCCCCACCUGCCACAGCAAUCUCGUCAAUAUACCAUCACUUCAGCUGGUGUUGUGGGUCAUCUUACCACAAUGUGAUUAUAGUGUUUUGUUUAUAGUUAUUUUUAUGAAACAGUGGAAGCCAACAUAAUGUACUAGUGGAUUAUUUGUUAAAUAUUAGCUGGUGUUUUUUUAUGGAAUCUAAGUGUCCUUUAAGACUUUCUGGGUUUUAAAGAAAUAAUAAAUUUUAAAACUUUUGUACUUUUAAAAUGUUUUGGAUAAAUUUUCCACUUACAGAUGAAAAACAGAUAAUAUGGUAGAAAAUUACAUUACUAGAAGUUUUUAGGAUCAAACUCUAAUCUUGUAGAAUUACAAUUUAUUCAUGGUAAUAUUCACAGUUACUCUUUCACCUCACCUGUCCUCCCACAAUCUACUGGCACCUGAGUAAUAGAAAUUAAACAUAAAAUGUCAUGUUAAAUAGUCCCGAUAGUUAACAUGCAACACAUGAGAAAAAGAAUUUUUACUUCUAACAUUGAGUGUAAUAGUAUGUCAUUAGCCACAGCUUCCAAAACAUUUUCAUAAUGCAUACAAACUUUCUCUUAGGUAGUUUACAAAAAUUGUUAAAUUAAUAUAUUAGCUAUUCCAGUGCUUGUAAUUAUUGGAUAGCAUGGCAUACUACAAAAUAGGUCCUAAAACAGAUCUCUCAUGCAAAAUAAAUAGCCUAUUUCCCCCCUAUUUAUUCAAUAAGUAUUGAUCAUGUAGACACCUUAAAACAAAUCUACCACAGUAUGAUGAGCUGAAAGAUUUGGAAGUUUGAUUGGAUGCCAUCUACUUAGAUUUCUAUGAGGCAUUCAAUCGAACCAAUCAUCUUUUUUUGUCAAGUUUUGAGAUUAUGGGAUCUCAGGAAUAGUCAGAAAUUGGUUUAGUAGUUACUUGUCUAGUAGAAGUCUUGUCCAUUACAGUGGAGCGGAAUUUGAGCCAUUCUUGGCUGCUUCUGGAGUUCCCCAAGGAUCACACCUUGAGCCAUUUUUAUUUGUAUUUUUUAACAGCAUAGCCCACCACGUCUAGCUUUUUAUCCUUCACUGAUAACAUGAAACCCAUAUAAUAAAGUGCCCAGAGGGUUUGUUGCUCUAGGAUAAGGUAAAUAAAACGUCUCUAACAUAAAAAAUGUCACUGUAUGUCAUACUGUCAGACAAAAUAUUUGAAUAGAUUUUUAUUAUUGUAAGUAGAUGAGGUCAAAGAUCUGGGAGUGGUAUUUUCCGCUUCUCUCUCCCCUAUGCCUCACAUAUUUAGUAUAUGAUCUAGGGCAUUCAGGUCACUUGGUUUUAUUGUCAGAAUGGCUAGGAAUGAUCUCAGCAUCAAGUCUCAUUUUUCGUUUAUUCUUAAAUGUUUGACAGUUGCUUGAAUAUGGAUAAGUAAUAUUGUCUCCUUACACAAAAAUCGCUAGAUACCAUGAUAUUCUAGUUUUGGAACUUGGCUGAUUUCACGGCAUUCCCCCUCUCUGUAGGAGAAGCAUCUAUUUGGACUUGGUCUUUAUAAGUUGAACUCAUCUUUAAGAUUACUUGAGCUCCUUGCUAAGGACGACUUUAAAGAGUUCCAAGUAGCUAGACCAUAUCUGGGGAACUUUCCUCCUGAACCAUUACAAUACAAAUUUCCAUUAUCACAGCCUUGUAUCUUGAAUGUUUCGAUUUGACAACUCCCUACCAGAAGACGUGAAUUUUGUUGAGGAUAGCAUUGUUGGCUUCAAGAGGAAAAUAAGGAUCACCUUCAAUUGUGACCAUGAUGGGUAAUUGCUUUGUAUGGGUGCCACCUAUAUUAAAAUGUCUUGAACCAUGACGUGAGCUUCUUAGUUGCAAUUCUCUGUUAUAUAGCUAUUAUCAAUUUCUUUAUUUGUUUAUAGAUUUUAUUAUUUGAUCAUUAAGCUUGUAUGUUCUAGUAUCUGUACAAGUGUUUUUCUAUUGCUUUCCUUAUGUAUUAUUAUGCUCUUAUUCACCCUACUUAUGAAAUGUCAUUGCGUAAUCAUCAACAUUUAAAUUUGAUUGUUACAAAUUUUGUUAAUUAGCUACCACUGAAUGUUUGUACUUAUGAAAUGAAAUUUACUAUUGGAUUAAAUAAAUACAUCUGAAUAAAUGAAUAUUGAAAUAAAUUAGGUGGGUCGAAUUAAAAUUAGAAACAAGUAAGUGGAAUAUCUCAACGUUUUAAGUGAAUAAUAAAAUUUCAGAUGCUUACUCAGUUUGUUUGUCCUCAGAUUUGCACAGAAUUUCAUUUUUAACUUGACCUUUUGAUCUAAAAUCAAUAGAGUUAAAUCUCUUAAGACUUUUUGUCAAGAGUUAUUUGAUGAACAGACAGAUAGAUGAAAAGACAACAGAAUUAUAAGAUGGCUAAGAUGGGCCUGUCCAUGUCCUUAUUAAAGAUACAUGCACAAUAUCAGUUCCAUACAUUAAUAUAUUCCUCUGAGUUACAGGCUUCGUUUAUCAAGAACGUAGCUCAGUUAAUUCUCAAGAUAUUCUGUGAAAAACAGACAGACAGAAGAAGAAUGAUGCCCUCUUAGUAAUAGCAACAACACAAUUACAGGUCCAAAGCUCAAUUCAUUCUCUGGAUAUCCUGUAAAGAGUUACGCUUCGCCAGCUAAACUAAAUCCCAUGGGGGAACAUGCACCAUCAUUAAAUUUAAUGUUGCCAAUAUAAAAUUAAGCUACAUUGUAUUACCUCACUACUAUUAUUUAAUACAUUGAAUCCAAUUAUCUGUA